ACAUAGGGCCAAACAUGCAUUAUUUAGCCUCCAUGUUCACCUGGAUAUUUAUUAACAGGAGCCUGUGAUGUUUAUUUAGUAAAACGUUACGGAUGUGCUGUAACGGAAUUAAAGAUUACUCCCCAGACAGAAACGUAACUCCACAGCGCUUCUCCAGCAACCAUGUCAGGAAUUAAAAGAAAACUAGAGGGCAGUGAUCCCGACUAUGAAGAUAUUUCCAUGGUUCAAGAUUGUAAAAGAAACAAAGUGGCUGAAGAUAAUGCCCGUGAGGAAACAGUACAGAAGAUCGAAGCCAUCAUCAGAGAACAGUUUUCUUUAGAGAUGAAGAACAAAGAGCAUGAGAUAGAUGUGAUUAGUCAGCGACUCAAUGAAGCCAGGAGAAUGAUGGACAAGCUAAGGGCAUGCAUAGUAGCCAAUUAUUAUGCCAGUGCUGGAAUGACAAAGGUUCCAGGGGCCAGUAAGAGUGAUGCUGCGGGUCUGAACCAUCCUGCCAUCAAGCGCUUCCUGGAGUCGCCAUCCCGUUCCUCUUCCCCUCUCAACCAGGGCUCUGAGACUCCAUCUCUGGUCCACUCAGAGUCUGAAUCUAUUUCACAGCAAGGAGAGGGUGCAGAGAGGGAUGGAGACGUCGUGUGGGGAGAAGAAAAUGGCAGGAAGGAACACAGACCUGGACGCAAUACAGGCAAAGACACAUUUGGUGUGCAGUCAUCUGUAACAGCUGAACAAAGAGUGACUUACCACACCACUGGAGAUGAGGCAUCUAGACUGUAUGCUAAGAAGACAAUUGUUGUGGGAAAUGUGUCCAAGUACAUUCCCCCAGACAAGCGGGAAGACAAUGACCAGUCAACCCAUAAGUGGAUGGUGUAUGUCAGAGGCUCCAGGAGGGAACCCAGCAUCAACCACUUUGUAAAGAAAGUCUGGUUCUUCUUGCAUCCCAGCUAUAAACCCAAUGACUUGGUGGAAGUCAGUGAGCCUCCUUUUCAUUUAACCCGUCGUGGAUGGGGCGAGUUUCCUGUGAGGAUCCAGAUCCACUUCAAAGACCCUCGCAAUAAACGUAUUGACAUCAUCCACCAACUAAAGCUGGACAGAACAUACACUGGGCUGCAGACGCUGGGGGCAGAAACUGUGGUUGAUGUGGAGCUGCACAGGAACUCACUUGGAGAGGACUACAUCCCUCAGCCCUCUUCCUCCAAAGGGAGUCAAAGAGCAUCUAGUCCAAUGUCAGUCACCUCCAUGACCCACAGCUAUGGACGUCCCAUGUCUCCUAUGUCACAUUAUUCCAUUAUUGAAAAAGCAGAGGCAGGGAGGUCUGCAGCGAGUCAUAGUAUCAGCCUUUCGUGUGGUGAACGCACCCCAACUAGACCCAAAGCCAGUGACCGGAUCACUCUGGGUUCCCAUGGAAACUCUGCAUUCCAGCCUAUCACAGCAAGUUGUAAGAUUGCCCCCCAAAGCCAGGCAUCCAGCCCUGUUGAGUCUCCUGGAAAAUCGUUCCAACCAAUCACCAUGAGCUGCAAAAUAGUGUCAGGUUCCCCACUUUCCACACCAAGCCAUUCGCCACUGCCCCACACAUCGACCCCCUCCACUCCUGUCCAUGCCAAACAGACCUCUUCCUCAGUUCUCAGCAACCCUUACGUUAUUGUUGACAAGCCAGGUCAAGUUACCGGCAUGGCCUCCUCAGGAAGCCCAUCGGCUAAGCAGUCAGCUGCCCAAGGGACUCGGUCUCCUGCCCCCAAAGUUCACACAGGGACCUUCCUCUCCUCAGGCGUGAAGGUUAUUAUCAAGCAGGAACCAGGGGAGGUUUCAACACAACAGCAGCAGAUGGUUUCUACAGUAACCAACCAACAGCAACCUGCUGCUUCAGCAGCACACCAGUUUGUCACAGUGAAGGGAGGCCACGUGAUCUCCAUGUCAGGCCAGAAACAGUCAGGAGGGGCCACAACUAGUAAAAUGUUUGGUAUUCCAGUUAGCUCAACACUCCAGUCUGCAGUCAGACAGGUGGCUAUUGGCAGUGGGCAAAUUCUGGUUGCCAAGGGCAGUUCCUCUGCCUCAAAGGUGAUAGGUGGCAAGCAGGUAUUGGCUCAGGGAGUUGCAAAGGCCAUCGUAACUGGACCCAGUGGCUUCUCUGGUCAGCAAACUGCCUCCAAAGGAGGAGGAUCAGGAGGCAGUAAGAGUGGAGUGAUGGCUACCCUUCAGCUGCCAGCCAACAACCUGGCUAAUCUGGCCAGUUUGCCUCCGGGCACCAAGCUCUAUCUGACCACCAACAGUAAGAGCCCAUCGGGGAAGGGAAAGCUACUCCUCAUCCCACAGGGUGCUAUCCUCCGAGCCUCCAGUGCAGGUCAGCAUUCCCAGAGCAGCUCAUCGGCAGGUACCGGAGGCUCUCAGACUACCAGCUCCUCUUCCUCGUCAAGCAGUCAGCCUUCUAAUCUCUCCUACACAUCCUAUAUCCUUAAACAGACCCCCCAGGUAACUCAAAACGCAUACAUAAUGUCGUACAAACAUUACAGAUGUGCCUUUUUUCUAAACGUUUUUUUCUUACCUCACUUUGUUGACCCAGCUGGCACAUUUCUGGUGGCCAGCCAGGACAGAGGUUCAGGGAAGCAGGGUGGCUCCAGUUCAACAGGUCAUACAUCAUCUUCAGCGAGUGUUACCCAACAGGCCAUCCGAGUGACGCCUGGACAGAAGGCAGCCAUUCUGGCUCAGGUUGCUGACGGAGGGAAGUCUGCUUCUCAGCACCCAUCACUCUUGGUGGCAGCCAACCAAGCAGCAGUUAUCAAUGCAGCCAAGAGUGCCAGUGCUGCUGCUGGCAGCAACCUGUCAAAGGGUGUUAUGGCAACUUUAAUCAAGAGUGCGGGCAGCUCUGCCACGUUGACCAAAGGUGCUGCCGGUUCAACUGGGAGUAUAGUAACAGUUGCAAAAGGUGUCACCAGCAUGCCAGGCAUCAGUAUGUCUAAAGGAGGAGGGACGGGGAAUGUGGGGGGUGUGCCUAAAAGUGCCAAUACGUCAUUGGUCACAGCAGCUUCUCUAGUCAGCGGUAUGGCAGCAGGAGGCGGAAAGACGGCUGCCACUCUCUCAGGUAUGCUGAAGAUCCACUCUGGGGGCUCCAGCUCCCAGCAGACAGUCUUGACAAUUCCUGCCAACCAGCUCAAACAGCUGGGUUGUCAGUGCUGGGUCCGGAGGGCUGCAGACCAUUCUCAUGCCUGUUGGAAAAGGCCCAGUCUCCAGUACUCCUUCAUCUGUCAGCACACCCCAGGAGCAGGUGGAGCCGGAGCCUCUCCAGGUCCUGGUGGCCAGGCUGCCACCUCACUUGCUGUGUCUUUGGCACAAGUAAAGAUGGAGCCAGGUGCUGGCACAGCUGGCCUGGUGCCACCGGUGACCGCUUCUGCUCUCAGCAUUGUACACGGUGCCUCAACCAUGACUGCUGUCAAGCAAGAGCAAGGGCUGGAUAAUUCAACACAUGACCUCAUCAAUACUGAGCACAUAGAGACCAUGAUGCAGCUGCUGACAGCUGUGGUGAAGAAGUUCCCUCUGAUUGUGCCAAAUAAGAUUCCCAUUUUCCUAACAGCAGAGGCAGGGAGGUCUGCAGCGAGUCAUAGUAUCAGCCUUUCGUGUGGUGAACGCACCCCAACUAGACCCAAAGCCAGUGACCGGAUCACUCUGGGUUCCCAUGGAAACUCUGCAUUCCAGCCUAUCACAGCAAGUUGUAAGAUUGCCCCCCAAAGCCAGGCAUCCAGCCCUGUUGAGUCUCCUGGAAAAUCGUUCCAACCAAUCACCAUGAGCUGCAAAAUAGUGUCAGGUUCCCCACUUUCCACACCAAGCCAUUCGCCACUGCCCCACACAUUCACCCCCUCCACUCCUGUCCAUGCCAAACAGACCUCUUCCUCAGUUCUCAGCAACCCUUACGUUAUUGUUGACAAGCCAGGUCAAGUUACCGGCAUGGCCUCCUCAGGAAGCCCAUCGGCUAAGCAGUCAGCUGCCCAAGGGACUCGGUCUCCUGCCCCCAAAGUUCACACAGGGACCUUCCUCUCCUCAGGCGUGAAGGUUAUUAUCAAGCAGGAACCAGGGGAGGUUUCAACACAACAGCAGCAGAUGGUUUCUACAGUAACCAACCAACAGCAACCUGCUGCUUCAGCAGCACACCAGUUUGUCACAGUGAAGGGAGGCCACGUGAUCUCCAUGUCAGGCCAGAAACAGUCAGGAGGGGCCACAACUAGUAAAAUGUUUGGUAUUCCAGUUAGCUCAACACUCCAGUCUGCAGUCAGACAGGUGGCUAUUGGCAGUGGGCAAAUUCUGGUUGCCAAGGGCAGUUCCUCUGCCUCAAAGGUGAUAGGUGGCAAGCAGGUAUUGGCUCAGGGAGUUGCAAAGGCCAUCGUAACUGGACCCAGUGGCUUCUCUGGUCAGCAAACUGCCUCCAAAGGAGGAGGAUCAGGAGGCAGUAAGAGUGGAGUGAUGGCUACCCUUCAGCUGCCAGCCAACAACCUGGCUAAUCUGGCCAGUUUGCCUCCGGGCACCAAGCUCUAUCUGACCACCAACAGUAAGAGCCCAUCGGGGAAGGGAAAGCUACUCCUCAUCCCACAGGGUGCUAUCCUCCGAGCCUCCAGUGCAGGUCAGCAUUCCCAGAGCAGCUCAUCGGCAGGUACCGGAGGCUCUCAGACUACCAGCUCCUCUUCCUCGUCAAGCAGUCAGCCUUCUAAUCUCUCCUACACAUCCUAUAUCCUUAAACAGACCCCCCAGGGCACAUUUCUGGUUGGCCAGCCAGGACAGAGUUCAGGGAAGCAGGGUGGCUCCAGUUCAACAGGUCAUACAUCAUCUUCAGCGAGUGUUACCCAACAGGCCAUCCGAGUGACGCCUGGACAGAAGGCAGCCAUUCUGGCUCAGAUGGCAGGAAACUCAAGUGCACAGGUGAAGUUGUCCGACGGCUCUGUUAAGGCAGUAACUGCAGCAACAGCGGGUCACUUAUCCAAGUCUGGAGCAACCACAUUGAGGAUGGCAUCAGGACUCGUCACUGGCGCUAACUCCACAGCAAGUUCCGUCAGCGCGGCCACAGCAGGGAGUCAGCAACAGGUUGCUGACGGAGGGAAGUCUGCUUCUCAGCACCCAUCACUCUUGGUGGCAGCCAACCAAGCAGCAGUUAUCAAUGCAGCCAAGAGUGCCAGUGCUGCUGCUGGCAGCAACCUGUCAAAGGGUGUUAUGGCAACUUUAAUCAAGAGUGCGGGCAGCUCUGCCACGUUGACCAAAGGUGCUGCCGGUUCAACUGGGAGUAUAGUAACAGUUGCAAAAGGUGUCACCAGCAUGCCAGGCAUCAGUAUGUCUAAAGGAGGAGGGACGGGGAAUGUGGGGGGUGUGCCUAAAAGUGCCAAUACGUCAUUGGUCACAGCAGCUUCUCUAGUCAGCGGUAUGGCAGCAGGAGGCGGAAAGACGGCUGCCACUCUCUCAGGUAUGCUGAAGAUCCACUCUGGGGGCUCCAGCUCCCAGCAGACAGUCUUGACAAUUCCUGCCAACCAGCUCAAACAGCUGGGUGUCAGUGCUGGGUCCGGAGGGCUGCAGACCAUUCUCAUGCCUGUUGGAAAAGUUGUGUCUAAAGGCCCAGUCUCCAGUACUCCUUCAUCUGUCAGCACCACCCCAGGAGCAGGUGGAGCCGGAGCCUCUCCAGGUCCUGGUGGCCAGGCUGCCACCUCACUUGCUGUGUCUUUGGCACAAGUAAAGAUGGAGCCAGGUGCUGGCACAGCUGGCCUGGUGCCACCGGUGACCGCUUCUGCUCUCAGCAUUGUACACGGUGCCUCAACCAUGACUGCUGUCAAGCAAGAGCAAGGGCUGGAUAAUUCAACACAUGACCUCAUCAAUACUGAGCACAUAGAGACCAUGAUGCAGCUGCUGACAGCUGUGGUGAAGAAGUUCCCUCUGAUUGUGCCAAAUAAGACUGAAGACUCCCAUCCGUUCUGUGCCUCUUCCACAGAGCAGUAUUAUUCCUGGAACAUUGGAAAGCGCAGAGCGUCAGAGCUUCAGCGAGCCGUUGCAGUAAAGCGGGUUAUCCAAGAUGUUUUGGACCGCUCGCCCCGCCUGCAGGCCCUCUCUCCUCCAAAGACAAGAGAGGUGGUGCAGUGGUGCCGGCAGAGAGGCUACACCCCACCUGACCCAGAGCCCCAACGGAAAAAUGAUGACGAGUCCAUCGAGGACAUCCUCACACAGAUAGACAACGAGCCUGAGUGCCCGUCCACCCUGAGUGGCUGUGAGGAGCUGGUGCUGCGGCUGGAGCAGGUGCAAACCCUGCUGAAGACCGAACCAGAAGAUACAGACAAUGAAAUUGUGGACAUCACCACUGUGACUCCAGCCUGCCAGAAGCUAAAGCUCAAAGAGGAGGAGCAAGACUCUGAUUCUGAGCCCAAGUUCUUCCUCUGCCCCUGCCUGUCCGCUCAGUUUGUCAGUGAAACAGCUCAGCAGAUCGGGGUGACCUUCCAACCGGUGGAAGUGGAGAAGAAUGUAUUCAGUUCGGUGGUUGAAGCCAUGAUUCUGAAGGCUACAGAACAGUUAGCCAGUGACAUCCUGAGAGAAGCUCUGGCUGGAGCUUACACCAAAUCAUCCCAGAACAGGGCUCCGAGAGAGAUCACAGCCAUGAACAUCCACCAGGCGGUCAGCAGCAUCCCCACCUGUGACUUCUUCACCAACGCACACAUGGGUUACAUGGCUAAAGGCAACUGACCCAACAGCACUGACUGACACCAACCGACAGAGGGGCGAGGACUCUGGAUUGCUGCUACAGGAAAAGAGUAAGAGACUUGUGUUAUUAGAUGGUUUUGUUUUUUGUUUUUUUGAAGGGGCUGUUGUGCCCUGGUGUACCUCAUAACAAGAUUAUUGUAAUGAUGAAGUGGUUCCUGUCAGACUGACAGCCAGUAUUUGGGGGAAUGUACCCAGAAUGACUUCCAGGCGUAAGUAAUCACAUCAGACACCUGUCCCCGCCACCACGCUUAAUCUCGCUGCCUCCUCUUCUGCACAGUUGAGGAGAGCGCAGUCUGUUCAUCAACACACAUCAGUCUGAAUCCAAGUUUGAAGUGGAAAUGAUCAAGAUUGUGUCAGUGUUACACAGAUACUUUCCGAAAGUGUCCGACAGCCAACAUGUUGAUGAGAAAAGAAAAAACAAACCAAAAACGGCUGCUGUUAUCGAACGUUCAUAUAGAAGAGAUAACUGAUGUAGAGUACGUAUUCUGGUAAGAUAUUGAACUAAUCUGUUGAGAAAUUUCACAAGUAAAUAAAAUAUAACUGACACUGAAUUCUAGAAAUUUCUUCUUCUUGAAGAAAGUAGGUCAACUGUUUUUAAGAGCUGUUUUUAACAACCGUCAUGUAAUUAUGCACAUAAUAUGUACAUUAUGACCAAGUAGUCCUGUUUUUUUUUUUUUAUCUGAUGUGGACUCCUAAAGUGUAAUUCUGCACCAGUAAAGUGUGUGUCUGUGUUGUUAUGUGGACGUCAUCAUCUUGCACAGUAAUGCGUCGGACAGUAGAUGUGUGUUUCCGAUCAAGUCCGCUGUAAUCCAGCUUUUGCUUUUUCUUAAUGUGUGUGUCGGAUGAGUGCUGCGCGUGGUUGUGAUGCUUUUAGGAGAAACCCAAACAAAUUUCUAUGUUUCAGUGCAAACCAAAAAUAUCAUUGAUACUCUUGUAAUAAAGUCUAAUUAAGGAU